AAAAGACGCAAACCUUGAAUCGAUGUUGCGUCGAACUGAAACCACACCAAAUAAAUAAAAUGUGUAAAUUAAAGCAACAAUUAAACCCUGAUUAUGAUAAAUCUCAUUAUCAACAACUAAUAGUUGCUCAGUGGUUAAUGAAGUCGCUUGGCGCUUAAUCGGGGCAACAAGGGAAUGUCGUAAUGAAUAAUUGAUAAGACCGUCAUUUGGUGGAAAAUAAGUUGUUAUUGAGGCAAAGAGCUGGACAUGUCGUCUAGAAAUGCUAGCAAAUGGCUGGCUCUGGUGCGGCAUCAUUCAACAAACGUGCUGGCCACUAAGCUGGAACCCCAAUCGAGUCAAUUCCAGGAAAAUCAUGCUUUCAUGACGCAAUUGGUGAGCAUUCUACGCAAAAAAACCAGUGCAGCGCUGCAAGGCGGCGGCGAAAAGGCAGUGGCGCGCCACACCGGCAAAGGCAAACUGCUGGCCAGAGAACGAAUCGACUUGCUGUUGGACAAGAGCAGUGCCUUUUUGGAGCUGUCCGGCCUCGCCGCCAAUGAACUCUACCAGGAAACCGUUCAUUCGGCCGGAAUUAUCACCGGGAUCGGAAAAGUCGAAGGGCAGGAAUGUGUGAUUGUGGCGAACGACGCCACUGUAAAGGGCGGCACUUAUUAUCCCUGCACUGUGAAAAAACACCUGAGGGCCCAGGAAAUCGCCCAGGACAAUCACUUGCCCUGCAUUUACCUGGUGGACAGUGGCGGCGCCAAUUUGCCCCAUCAGUCCGACGUGUUCCCCGAUAGGGAUCAUUUCGGCAGAAUUUUCUUCAACCAGGCCAAUCUGUCUGCCAUGGGAAUUCCACAGAUUGCCGUCGUUAUGGGGCCCUGUACUGCAGGAGGCGCCUACGUUCCAUCAAUGGCCGACGAAUCCGUUAUAGUGAGGAGACAAGGGACCGUGUUUCUGGCGGGGCCGCCCCUGGUUCGCGCCGCCACUGGCGAGCAGAUUUCAGCUGAGGACUUGGGGGGCGCCGAUCUACACUGCUCACAAUCGGGCGUGACCGACCACUACGCCCUCAGCGACGAGCACGCGCUGGAAGCCGCGCGGGGCAUUGUAAGGAACCUGAACCGAGAGCCCCCCAAUCAGUUUGAGGCGAGCUUCGAGCCCCCCUUGUACGACGCCGACGACAUUUACGGCAUUAUCGACGGAAAUGGGGCGAGAAACUUUGACGUACGCGAGAUUAUUGCCAGAUUGGUGGACGGUUCGCGGUUCGAGGAGUUCAAGAAGAAAUACGGCGAAACUUUGGUGUGCGGCUUUGCGAAAAUCUACGGCAAAACGGUGGGCGUUUUGGGCAACAAUGGGGUGCUGUUCUCGGAAAGCGCCCUCAAAGGCGCCCAUUUCGUCCAACUGUGCUGCCAGCGAACGCUGCCUCUGCUGUUUUUGCAGAACAUCACAGGUUUUAUGGUGGGCAGACAGGCGGAAACUGGAGGCAUAGCAAAGAACGGCGCCAAACUUGUAACAGCAGUGGCGUGCGCCCAAGUGCCGAAAAUCACCGUGAUUAUUGGGGGCUCCUACGGCGCAGGCAAUUAUGGUAUGUGCGGCCGGGCCUUCUCGCCCCGGUUCCUCUACAUGUGGCCGAACGCACGGAUUUCUGUUAUGGGAGGGGCGCAGGCCGCAGGAGUUCUGUCGCAAGUGGCCAACAAACAGUGGAACGACCAGGAGAAGAUGGAUUUUGAAAGGGGCGUGAUUGAUAAAUUUGAUAGCGAGGGCUCGCCAUAUUUCAGCACAGCUCGGCUUUGGGACGACGGAGUGAUCGAUCCAAGAGACACUAGGAAGGUGCUUGGAAUGAGCCUGGCAGCGGCCCUAAACAAGAAACCCGCCCAUACACGCUUUGGAAUUUUCCGAAUGUAGGUAACCAUACAGUAGCGAUUAAAAAGUUUUAUUUGGAAACAA